AUGUUCUCCUCACGGAAAGAAAACGACGACCCGCCGGUCUACCCGGCUGUGCCCAACUCCCUUCGGUCAGAGUCAUUCGAGAUGACCGAAAUGCGAAAGGUUCAAGAAGCUCGAGCCGAUACUUCUCCAAAUGUUACCCCCUACCUAAGUCUACGAUCAAGACUAUCUCAAAUAUGGAUCAACCGCUGGACAGUUCUUCUCAUCCUGGUCCUUAUCCGGGUCAUGAUCCUAAUCGUCGACCUCAACAAGAAUGUUGGUGAUGCCAAGAUCAAAGCCCUUUCAGCCUGUACCAAAGUCGAAGAUGUUGGAAGCGCCAUGGCUUCCAUGCCUCACUACCUAUCAAGAGGUGUCAACGAACUCGCAGCCUCUGGAAUCGAGAAAUCGGUAGACGCUAUGGUGUACAUGCUCGACCUCGUUUUAGUGGGCGUCAAGAACAUGAUUAUCUUCUACAUCAACUUCCUAACUGCCACAUAUGUGUGCCUGAUUACCGCUAUGGUUCACGGCAGCCUGGAUGUUGUCGCCGAUGUCACAGAGGGCGCAACCGAGAAGUUCAACAGCUUGAUUGACAAGGCCACUAGCAAGAUCGAAAGUAUCUCAAAAGAACUCGAAGACGGUAUUAACGAUAUCACCGACGGUAUUGAGAGAUCAGUAAUCGGACGCCUCGUUCCAGAUAUCCCCAAGGUCGACUUCUCCGCCCCCAUCAAGGAACUUAAAGAUUUUGAUCUCAAAUCCGAAGAUUUUGUCAAGGAUGUUCGACAGUUGGAGGAUGACCUACCCGACUUCAAAGAAGUUCAAAACCUGACUGAGCAGGCCAUUUCCAUCCCAUUCGACUUUGUCCGCAAAACCCUCAAUGAAACGUAUGGCAACUACAAGUUUGACCGGGAUGCCUUCCCUCUUGCUCAGAAACAGAAGUUGAGCUUCUGCUCCGAGAACGAUGCCCUAAACAAUUUCUUCAACAACCUGUUCGAGCUUAUCGCCAAAGCCCGAACAAUCUUCAUUACAGUUUUGAUCAUUCUCGCCCUGGCAGUCAUCAUCCCCAUGGCCUGGCUUGAGAUCAGACGAUGGCGACGACAGCAACAGCACGCGCGCCUCAUCGCUCAAAAUGCAUAUGACCCGAUGGACAUUGUCUACAUUGCAUCUCGGCCCAUGACCGCAACUUUCGGUAUCAAGGUUGCCUCCCGCUUCAAGGGAAAGCGACAGAUCCUUGUUCGUUGGCUCUUCGCUUAUGCUACCUCGGUCCCGGCAUUGUUCAUUCUGUCGCUCGCCAUUGCUGGUUUCUUCUCUUGCUUCUGCCAAUGGCUCCUACUGCGAGCAAUCAAGAAUGAAGUACCUGCACUGGCAAACCAGGUUGGUGCAUUUGCCGAUGAUGUUGUUGAGAAUCUUGAGAGUGUCUCUGCUGGAUGGGCCAAUGACGCCAACGGUGUUAUUACAGGAUUCAGCGACGACAUCAACCACGAUAUUCUUGGCUAUGUCACCAAUGCUACGGAUGCCGUCAAUGAUACUCUCACCACCUUCCUCGAGACUAUGAAUGAUGGCCUGGACACUGUCUUCAAGGGGACUAUCCUUCUAGACCCUAUCAAGACAGUCCUCUACUGUGUCAUCGGCAACAAGAUUGAGGGCGUACAGAAAGGUUUGACUUGGGUACACGACCAUGCCGAGGUCAACUUCCCGCUCUUCGAAAAUGACACUUUCAGUAAGGGUGCAAAGGACUCGGUCGAUGGUGAUGCGGAGCUUGGCUCUUUCCUAGCAUCCCCGUCCAGCGCUACUACUGAUGAGGUUACGGGCGCUGUCAAGGCAGUUACAGACUGGCUUCACAACAAGCUGAUUCAGGACGCCCUCAUCUCCACUGGUCUGGUUCUCUUGUAUGUACUCGUUGUUCUCAUCGGCACAGUGUGGACAAUAGUCGGCAUGGUCACCCCUGAUAAAGGCCGUGCUGAAGGCGGUAUGCGCUUCACUGGAGACAAUCGACCAGGCUUCAGCCCUCGCGUUGGGCACCACGAUCCUGGGAACCCCGACGGUGCCGCGAGCUUCCCUCGAUUCGGAUCCUCCUCAGGUGAAGAAGACCACUACAGAGAAGCGACAAGCGGGCGUGACGAGAAGUUCAUGUCGGGGGCCACUGGGGCCCGCGCUACACAGGUGGACGGCCACCAAAGAAGUAGCUCCUACGGUUACUUGGACUCGGCAAGCGGCAAACACUAG